AUGGCGGAACCGAAAGUAAAGGCCAAAAAUCCCUGUGGAUGCGAUAUAUCAGCAUGUCAUAAAAAGAAAGGCGAAACUUGCUAUGAUGCUAAUUGUAUGCUGUGCGAAGCGUGUUGCCCCCCGGAAUGUCCAUUCUGCGAGAAGAAAUGCAAGCCAGGUACAGAUGGUAAAAAAUGUGAAUGUUAUAACUGUAUUUGCGGAUGUCAGGAGGAAGAUAAGAAAAAGAAGAAGUGUAGUGAGUCCGGUUGUAAGCGCUGCGUAGUAAGAUGCAAAGAUUUACAAGCAGGUGACAGAUGUUCAUGUUACCUCUGCAACUGUGGAGACCACUGUGAUGGCGUGAAUUGUCAGUGCUGUAAAUGGUGUAAUCCGUACAGCAGGUGCCCGGGGGAGGGUCAAUGCGACCGCGACGAUACACACGACGAAAAAGAAUGUCCUAAAGGCGUCUGCGGCGUAAACCCUGGCGGAUGCACCGAACUCAUAUGCAAAUGCGACGGUACUACCGGCGCCAGAAAGCCCAGCGGACCAUGCCCCUGCAAAUGCACGUGUAAAGGCACAUGUCCCAGAAUCAAAUGCCACAGAGCAAAGUGCACAAAAUCCGUACAUGGUGAUGCUUGCACCAAUUUAUAUUGCGAAUCUAGCAAAACAAUUGGCAAAUGCGUCUGCGUCUGCGAAUGCAGCUGCAACGUCAUCGGCUACUAUUUUGAUAAGGAAGGCAACCCUGUUGACAUCAUCGACAAAAAGGGCCACGCAUAUGCCUACCUCGGCCGAAGAUGCCGUUUCAAAUGCAAAAACUGCGGCAAGUUAUGUUCCCAAGAUGCAUUUAGGCGAGGGUGCUAUAUUGGAGUCCCCAUACUUCUAGUAUCAGUGGCAAUUGUUUUCGUCUGUCGUUUGUAUCCUGAUCCAUUCCGCAAGGUGUUUUACCAACUAAGUGCUACGUUUGCUAAAUCGUUUAAAAGCUCCGGCGCAUCCACAAAUCUCGCCGGUGGAAGGAUUCACGAGGAGAUGGACACUGAUGAAUACUCCGCCUUCCCGUUCAAGGGCCUAAUGUAG